AUGCCUACCAAGAAGCCGUGUACCAGGAAGUCGGUUCUGAAACUCCUCAUUACCAAGUUGAAGGAGAUUGAGUUGGCCUUCAACUAUAUCUGGCGUUUCACGGAGAAAAUCCAGGAAACAACGACUACUACUCAGAUCAAUCUACGAUUGGAGAAAAUCGACGAACUGUGGGAGAGGUAUGGUGUUACUCUCGUCGAGCUUAAAUCGCAAGAUGACUUCGACGAUGAAAACGACGAAUUCGAGAUACAAAGACAGGAGUUUAGCGACCGUUACUAUCAAAUUAAGCUGCAAUCUUUCAACGGCGAGAUAGACGAGUGGUUGAGUUUCGGGGACUUAUUCACUUCCUUGAUCCACUGGAAGACGGAUCUUCCAGAGGUAGAAAAGCUCCACUACUUGAAGGGAUGUCUGCAAGGGGAACCGAAGACGUUGAUCGAUUCGUUGCAGGUCACCGCUGCCAAUUACCAAGUUGCAUGGGCUAAGCUGUUGAAGCGGUGCAACAACAGCAAGCAACUGAAGAAACGCCAAAUCCAAUCUCUCCUCAAGUUACCCAUCCUAUCCAAGGAAUCCGUUAACGAGUUGCAUAGUCUAGUUGAAGGGUUCGAAAAGAUUGUGCAAACGUUGGACCAGAUUGUACAACCGGUUGACUACAAGGAUCUCCUCUUGGUUAAUCUGUUGACGUCUCGUCUAGAUCCGUCCACUCGCCGGGGUUGGGAAGGGUUUUCUUCGACCCAGGAACAGGGCACCAUCAAGGAACUUCUCGAAUUUCUCCAACGGCGAGUUCGCAUAUUGGAAUCCUUACCAUCCAAGACUGCAGAUCCUAUGAAAUCAUCAAAUCAGCCACAACCACCAAGGCAAAGGAGCGCUGCAGUCAGGACUAGCCUCAACACUGUACAAGCGUCCGGAUGGCGCUGUUUAGCCUGCUCGGGAAAUCAUCCACUGUUCCAAUGUGGCACAUUCCAACGAAUGUCAGUAACGGAUAAGGAUUCGUUACUGCGGUCUCAUUCGUUGUGUAGGAACUGCUUCAGACAGGGACAUCAGGCAAAGGAAUGUCAGUCGAAGUACUCGUGUCGGAAUUGUAAGGGUCGACACCACACGUUGGUCUGUUUUAAACCUGAUAGGGACUCCAACUCCAAGACAUCAACCAAAGGCAGCAACGUAUCCAAGGGAGCUUCGGAAUCCAAUCAAUCCUCGAAACAUUUAGCCUACUCUUCCACUCCUCAAGUAGUUAAUCUGGCAGCUACUGACAGCUACACGAUUCAGCCUUCGGCUGGGUAG